AUGUCUACUGUCAGCAUGGCCGAGAACACUGAUAGUGCUUUCACCGAUAUUAAACUGGAGAGGCUAGAGCAACUCGUGACGAACAUCAACGCGAAGUAUGGAGCCCUCCAGCGGCAGUUGAUGCAGAGUUCACAAAGUCAGUCUACAUUGUGGCACGCCCUCACACUGGGCUCUGCGGCUUUUGAGGGAAAAUCGUCGGUUCCUCUUGCCAGUUUGAGCGCAAACGGCCUUCUUUCCGUUCCAACGGUCCACCUAUCCUCUAAGACAACAUCUAACAGCCCGCAUAGGUCAAGCUACUCUCACGAGCGUGAACUUUGCAUCGCGGCAUCUGAGCUAUUUCAGUACCUGAAUGGUGGUAUUAACUACCGUGUUAUGUGUAUGCAAUACCAGACGAUGAUAGAGCUACUUCUGAAGAUGCUGAGAGAGGACAUUCAGCUGGUACGUCAGACAGAUAUUUUGCCAGGUGGCACGCUGGAUAGGGCCCAUACCGUCUUAUCUGAACUUAUACAGGAAUCGAAAGAGCUUAUAAUUAAAAACGGUGUCAUUCCGAGGUCUGAACUGCAAAGAAUGGAAAAUGUGGCGAGUAAAAGUCAAGGUAAAGAAGGCGAAGCGACCAGUCAGGAGAACACUCUGCCUGUUGCAUUCACAUCUAAUGAUGCCUAUAACAUCAAUUCCAGUACGCAAAGUAGGUCUGAACGGCAGAGCAUUGGAAGAGGGCAUGGAAGCAAGCAUGAGUCACAUGUGACUAUCAGUGCCCCAACUGUGGGGUCAGACCAGGAAAAACCGUUUUUUCCGCUGCCGUUUUACACUUCCGAAUCCAAAUUUGAGAGUGAGGAUAUAUAUGACGUAGAAACACCGCGUACCUCACGAACGGAAGAAGAUGCGGUGAAUAAGUUUCAAGCCAGCUGGAUUGCAAGGCCUGAAAGCGAUGAGGCGUUGAAGGCGGACAGCAACCCCCGCAACCGAUCCCGUUAUCACUAUAUGGAAGAACUAUAUAACAAACUUUAUCUCGAUGAGGGCAUGCAUAUGUUAGUUGAAAUGAUGCAAUUGGUUUUUUUAAAGGAAUACAUUCAUGCGGAUUCAAAAACAGGGGAUGAGGCCUUUGCAAAAUUUAAAGAAGAUAUUGACAAUGAACUUUUACCGUAUAUUCAGAGCUACGAUGCACUGGUUUCCCCCAAGAUGCAGCCCUUACUACGUUCUACCUACGUAUUGAAUUGUUUACAACAUCAUAUUCAAUCCAAUGAAGAAUUGCUGAAAAUUUUGCAACGCAUUGAUUCUGAGCGUGACACCUCCUCGGUGGCUCUUGCCAAGAUGGACUUGUGCGACGCUGAUAUGAGGCCAUUCAUUGCAUUGCUACCGAGACUGAGUUGUCUUCGUUCCUUGGAUCUUAGUCACAACAACAUUCAUGACGCCGGAGUUCACGAGCUGUGUUCCGUACUUGAAGGUCACCCAUCACUUGAACUGCUGGACCUCUCUGAUAACCCUCUCACCGACACAGCUGGUGCGGAGUUGAUACAGCUGGCGACCACCACGACCAACCUGAAGGUGGUGGGCCAGCAGGGCAUUGGGUUCAGUGAACAUACACGUGAAGCACUCGGUUCUCAGCUUCAAAAGAACCGAAUUGCAUGUGGCACUUCAUUCAUGCCGAAUCAGCUUUUAAGCGGAGUUGGUGGCUUUAAGCACAAUGAGUUGUGGAAACGAACUCUGAAGAGGCGCUUAGCGCCCCUUGGGUUAAGAGGCGGAACCCAGCCUCUACCGGCUCUGAUGUCAACGCCUAGCUGCGUGUUGUCAUCUCAAGGAACGAACACAGUAGUUUCUUGUAGUGUAGGCAUGCUACGUAGCGUGCGUCUGCCGUAUCUGACAGCAAUGCGGGGCGGUCCAGCAAGCGGUGGAAAACGCGUGAGUAGUAGCAGCCCCCGAUGA